CAGUGUAGUAUCACGUGGUAUCGUGACGUGACACAGUAGUACUAUAUAGGGCUUAGAUAGAGAGACAGAGCCUGCCCUAGAAAGGCUAGACUAAGCCUCUACUGCUAGGCUAGAGAGAGACAUGUUGUGCAUAGGGAUCGGUAGAUAAACUUUCAAAACAAAAAGAUAAUCAUAACGAAAAAUAGAGAAUCGUCCUCACUAAGAGGACCAAAGUUAGGUAAAUAUGAAUAUAUAUUAUAUUUGCAAUGAUAUAUCAAAAUAACAUCGUUUAUUAGUCCUCAUGAACAGAGUAAUGAAAGUUUAUGCAGCAUCAGUGUUACAAAGAUUUACGCGCGCACGCUGUGUGGUGACAACAUGGCCAAACUCUAUCUACGGCUCUGUUCUAGUGAAAAGCAGACUGAAAACAUUUCUUUAAUAUCACAGUAUUGGUAAACAGAAUUGACACUAACCAAGAUGCAAGAUUCCAGAUACAAGAAAACUUCAUUGUCAUAUGAUUCAUACAACGAAAAAGAUGAAAAUGAUGAUGGAAGUGGAAAGUCCACCGAUGGGUUUAUGAAGAAAUAUUCAAAUAUAAUCAAAAGACGAGUAAACUAUACCCAGGAAAUGUGUCGCAAACAUAAAAGCGUCAUUCCAAGGAUGAAAAGACGGCCAAAUCUACUUGUGAAUGAGGAACACAAGCUUGUUUACUGCCAAACACCUAAAGUUGCAACAGUUAGCUGGUGCAAAAUUUUCUUGACUUUUUCUGGAUUUAAAAACUAUUCGGAGGUUGUAAAGAUGAGCGUUGAUGAGGUGGCAGCGGCGUGGAAAAAGCACGUUCCGCACCUUUCUCAUUUUCCUGCCGAAAAACAAAAGAAAAUAAUGUCCACCUACACCAAGAUAAUGUUUGUAAGGAACCCGUUAACACGACUGCUGUCAGCCUACAAUGAUUUAUUAGUUGCAAAGAAUACUUCAACUGGCAAGCAACUAAGGUUCCAGCACAGGACAAGCAAAGACGUUUUAACUAAUUUCAGACCAGGAAAUACCUCCAAAAGUUAUGAUACAACAUUUAGGGAUUUCGUUAAAAUGAUAGUUUCCAAAACACACUAUAUAAGGAACAUCCAUUGGAAUAAUAUGCAUUCAGUAUGUUAUCCGUGUGACAUUGAUUAUGACGUCAUCGGUCGAUUGGAGGAUAUUGAGAAUGAUUCAAACUAUAUACUUAAACAUGUCGGAGCUGGUUUUAAAUUUCCUAAACAGACUGGGAUUCAUUUUACAAACAGCUCAAGCUAUGACAAGGUUCGCAGAAGCUAUGCUACAAUUUCAGACUCAGAUCUUCAGGAUUUAUAUCAAAAAUAUAAAUAUGACUAUAUAUUGUUUGAUUAUGAUAAAGGUCUGCCAAGGCUCUAGGACUCGGUAUAUUAUAUAAUAUAUUGUAAUAUGAUCAUAUUAUUAGCAUAUAAUAUAUCAUAUCAUAUAUCAUCACAUAUUAUACAGAACUGGGCUAGACUGGGUUAAACUUUUUCUUUCAUUUCAUAUUAUGACAAACACAAAAAGAAGUAGUGAUAGAACAUUAAAGUUUGAAUCAUGUUCGUUCAAUUACAAAUGAAUAUUAACUAAUGAAAGUGAUAUUCUUUCUGAUCAUAAAAAAUAAAUAUACAUUAUAAUAGAUUUUCACCAAUAUAAAACACUGAACAGCAACCAUAUAACGUCACCAUUUGUUGCACAUACUCAAUUAUAAUUACAAAAAGUUGUCUACUUUAGAAUAUUAUUUUCCAAUUAAUUACUAAUUAUAUAAUUGAUUUUACUAUAUAUUUGAUUUCAAUUUUAUAUAAUAUUUCUAGCUAAAUGUGAAGAAUUAACCUUUAAAAACUCCAGAUAAAAAAUGGUACCGUCCUUGAAAUGUGUGACCUUAGUGCAAACAUAUAAUUAAUGCACUACCAUUAAAAAAUUAAAGGUAAUUGCCCACAUUUAGAUACAAUUAUAAUAAAUUCUGUGUUACCGACAUUAAACGUUUCAAGUAAGCCUAUAAGAAUUUUAGAAUUUUCCAGUUCAUAUUGGUUUUUAUUUGUUCAACUUUAUUCUGUAAUGUAUGUAUGUGUUCUGUGUCUGUGAUUAAUUUUGUUUUUAAUUUCAUUAUCCAUUUUUACUAUCACAAUCUGUCAUUUUUUAGAUUUGGUUCUUGCAAUAUUUAUAAUUAGGUAUAUAUUAAUUGUAGUGGUAGUUGAUUUGAACAAUAAAUGCAUAUAUUUAACAAUGUUCAACAUAAAUAUAAUAAUAACUUUAUUUAAUAAAGCGCAAAACAAUAUCCAUUAAAAAUGUUCACCGGCGCUGUACAGAAUUUUAAAAUAUACAUAGGCCUAGGCCUACAUACAAUUUAAACAUACAUACAUAAGAAAUACACAUUAAAAUCAAAUAGAAUUGAUUGAAACCAAUAAUCAUCAGAAAAUCACAAUACCAUUUAACACAUCAAAAAUCUAAAUUGAAAUAAAAGAAAACGCGACAUGAAAGAGAACGAUAAAACACUAAAAUAUUUUUGGAUUUUGUAAAAGGAAAAGACAAGACAAGUCCACCAAACCGUCACAAAAUUUACAUCAAAAAGUUAAAAAAUAAAUGUAAUGCCGAUAAAAAAAACUACAGGACAUCAUGUGUCUUGGAAAUUUAAAAUAAAGAGCUAUUAAAAUGCAAUGCCGAUUAGAAAAAAUGUUCAAUAGAAAACUCAAGGUUUUGUAUAAUACCCUAGCAAACAUAAAACGUUACUAAAACGUUCGCAAAACGUUGGGAAGGUUGUGGUACGCUUAUAGUAGCAAAAAAUAACGUGAACAACAUUGCAACAAUGUUUGCAACGUUAUUUAGUCAGAAAUGACAUUAUAAAUAUGUUUUUAUGGUUCUACAAAAACCCGUUUUGAAUUUUAUUAUAACGUAAAUUUUAUUAUAACGUAAACUUGUUAGCUAGGAAUGGACAUAUUGAAGAUACAGUUUCUGUUUAA